AUGAAUUAUAAAUCAACCAUUCUUUUGGUCAGCAUAACCUUUGGACUACUUGCUUUUGCUAUGGAGCCAAUAGAGAUUGAGGUUAAUCUAGAUGAAGCCUUUACUAAAAUGGCUGAGGUAACUAAUCUUGAACUAUCUUCUAAAAGUGUAAAGACACUUCUUAAAGGAGAUAUCCAAGAUCCUAUAACUUUUGGAACUUGAGUAGGAGCACAUCCUCAAAUUUUCAGAAUCUUUGAUGCUGCUUGCUUCUCAGAGCCUAAAUUUGCCACAAAGGGUGCCACAGUUGGGUUCAACUACGUUGGAGUUAUGAAUGAAAAUGUAAAUCUCGACCAACUUCACUACGAAAUCUAUUACUUCGAUGAGCUUUACCUAGCAAGUGAUUUGCAAACAUCUGCAGUUGUGGGCAAAGGGCAACAGUUCAAGUUCACAUUCAAUUAUCCAAUCCCAGAUUACACUCCGAGUGGAAACUUCACAUUUGAUGUUACUUUUAAAGCUGGCGGUCAAGAAUUGGGAUGUGAGAGAGCGAAUUUCACAUUGUCAGAUUAA